AUGGUCAACAGCCUGAUCGUCGGCAUCACCGGGGCGAGCGGCGCCGUCUACGGCGUGCGCCUGCUCGAAGUGCUGAGGGAGACCCCGGUCGAGACGCAUCUCGUCGUCAGCAAGUGGGGCCAGCGGACGCUGGAGCACGAGACCGGCAAGAAGCUCGACGAUCUUCGUGCGCUCGCGAAUCAUCACUACGGGGCAGGGGACAUGGCUGCCCUGAUGUCGUCGGGCUCGGCUGCGAUCGACGGCAUGGCGAUCGCGCCCUGCUCGGCACGAAGCCUAGCGGCGAUCGCCUGUGGGCUCAGCGAAAACCUGAUCCACCGCGCGGCCGACGUCAUGAUCAAGGAGCGUCGGCCGCUCGUCCUGAUGGUUCGCGAGACGCCGCUCAGCGCCAUCCACCUCGAGAACAUGCUGAAGCUGGCGCGGCUCGGCGUGACGAUCUUUCCUCCCGUUCCGGCGUUCUACAACGAGCCGGGAUCGAUCGAUGAGAUGGUCGACUACACCGUGGCCAGGGCGUUGGACCAGUUCGGCCUGAAGGUCGACCUGGGCAUGCGCUGGCGUGGCGGGCUCACCCGCCGCGUUGCAUCGUCGGAGCGCUAA